UCAAGAAUGAGUAUCAACAAAUCGUCAUAGAGAUGAACUCAUUUGGUAUCAAUAAUUGGUGAGCAAUAAUUUGAGUUUUAGGAUAGUAGUGGAGUACGCAGCUAUUGCCGUCUACAUAAGCAGGACCCCAUUGCCUACCAUUCGGAUUCUCUUGCGAGCAAUUUAUAACUAGAUUUUGUUGUUUCAUUACUGCACUGAAGCUCCAUCAACCUGGUCCGGUGGGGAGGCCAUACAAUACAAGAUGAAGAGCCAAGCACUUCGCACGUUUGAAAGAAUUAAACCAUUUCUCGCUGUCAUUUUCUUGCAGUUUGGGUUUGCAGGAAUGGAUGUUAUCUGUAAGGAAGCCUUAAACAAGGGGAUGAGCAAUUACGUGCUCGUUGUCUACCGCCACGUGGUUGCUACUGUUGUCAUUGCCCCUUUUGCAAUCAUUCUAGACAAGAAAGUAAGGCCAAAGAUGACACUUUCAAUCUUCACCAAACUAAUCGUGCUCAGCUUAUUGGAGCCAGUAAUUGACCAGAACUUGUAUUUUCUGGGAAUGAAGUACACGACAGCAACUUUUGCAGCCGCCAUGACCAAUAUUCUUCCUGCCCUUACAUUUAUAAUGGCCUGCAUUCUCAGGCUUGAGAAGGUUAGAUUUAAAAGUAUCCGCACCCAAGCUAAGGUGAUGGGGACUAUAGCAACAGUUGCAGGAGCCAUGGUCAUUACACUGGUAAAAGGCCCCGUCCUUGAGUUGAUCUGGACGAAAGGAAAAGUUUACCAAGAACAUCAACAGGGCGGAACCAAUCUUCAACAUUCAAUUAAAGGUUCCAUAAUGAUCUCCAUUGGCUGCUUCAGCUGGUCUUGUUUCAUGAUUCUGCAAGCAAUCACACUAAGAACAUACCCUGCUGAGCUCUCUCUUACAGCUUGGAUAUGCCUGUUAGGCUCAUUCGAAGGCGCCGCAGUGGCGAUAGUGAUGGAAAAGGGAAAAAAAGCCAUCUGGUCAAUAAAAUGGGACAUCAAAUUACUAGCAGCUCUCUACAGUGGCAUAAUCUGUUCAGGACUGGCUUACUAUAUUCAAGGAGUAGUAAUGAAAGACAGAGGCCCUGUUUUUGUGACGGCUUUUAGUCCCCUAUGCAUGGUUAUUGUUGCUGUCAUGGGCUCCCUCCUCUUGGCUGAGCAAAUGUAUCUCGGAAGGGUACUUGGUGCUAUUAUCAUUGUUGCGGGCCUAUAUCUCGUCAUGUGGGGUAAAAGCAAAGAUUACAAGUCCCCAACCCCAUCAACCAAUGAGCAAACAGCGCUGGAUUUACAAAUAAUACAUGCAGGAAACACUGGAAAAGAAAAUUUUAAUCAUGAGGUUGUCACAAUUGACGUCUCUGGUGGGGAGACAAAUAGACAACAAGAGCAAAGGAAUCCAGUCACUGUCUAAAUUGCAAAUUUCCUGAAGAGUUCCAUGCACCUCACAGUUCUAAGGUUACAGCUGUAUUGAUAGUAUCUGGCUGUCACAUCUAAUUAAUAUUGUAUGCAUUACUAAGGUUUUCCAAUAAGUGUAAAAUAAUCUCCAAUAGUGGUGCAAGGAAAAUGAAAAUUCACAUAAAAACAUAAUGAAACAGAGUUUGAUCAA